AGCGAUCGAGUAUAUAAAAUACACGGUCCUUAGUGUACCUAUCUUCACAACUUCAGGAAUUAAUCACAAUGAGAGUUUUAGCAGUGAUCUUAUUAGUGACGGCAGUGGUGGCUGAGGAUGGUGCAUUAUGUCCUAAGGAACAGGACGCUAAUUACGAAGUGGAUAGAUUGGUAGCCCAUGAGGAUUGCAACAAAUUCUACAAAUGCGUUCAAGGGGAACCUGUAGAAAUGAUGUGCCCUGAAGGGCUGUUGUUCAACUCUGUCUUCCGUUUCUGUGACUGGACCCUCAACGUCGAUUGUGCAGAAAGAAGAAUGCCUACUGAAAGGGCUAUGCUUGUAACUGAAGUAACUGAGGCAAAGCCAGAAGGAGAGGCUAGCGGAGAUAGUGAAGAAUCUAAUGAAAUUGAAUUGCUUGAAAAUGGAUGUCCCGUAGAUCCAGUUAUUCAUUGGCUCGUUCCCGAUGAAGAAGAUUGCUCUACCUUUUACUAUUGUGUUUGGGGUACUAAAGUUCAAAGGAGUUGUCCUCAUGGCUUACACUUUAAUAGAAACUUGCAGGUUUGUGACUUAGCUCAAUUCGCUAGCUGCACAGCGACAGGAACGACCUCUACCACCGCAGACACUACAGCAACUGCUCCUACAACAACUCUGACUGGUGGUUAUGUUAGAAAACCGGGAUCUGGAAGAAAACGGUGCACAUCAGAAAGAGAUGACCGUUUCAUCGUUACGACAUCUUUUCGAAAACGUUUUACAAAUGCUGUUGAGUUGCAACAACAGCUUCGAUCAACUCGGAGAACAUCUGUGAGUGUUUCUUCGAUAAGAAGAAGGUUACACGAAAAGAGUUUAACAGACAAUAGACCUGCUAAAGAUCCAAAACUUACUGCACAGCAUCGCAGAGAACGCCUAGAGUUUGCUCGCAAUCAUUGCGAGAGGACUCUAGAACAGUGGCGGACCGUACUCUUCUCUGAUGAGACGAGGGUCUGUCUCUUCUGCAAUGACAGACGUAGAAGGGUCUACAGAAGACAGGGGGAGAGGUUCACACAACCCUGCUUCGAAGAAUUCAUCGAAUACGGGGGUGGCUCGUGGUGGCCGUGGGCAAGGGUCAUUAAAUGCUGGCGGUACAUUACUGAAAUCCUGGAGGAACAUGUGGUCCCGUAUGCUGGUUAUGUCGGUGAUGGAUUCAUGUUAAUGCAUAAUAAUGCUCGUUGCCACACCGCGGCUAUUGUACGGGAUUAUUUACAGGAGGUCGAUAUCCCUGUUAUGCGUUGGCCAGCACGAAGUCCAGACCUUAACCCAAUAGAACAUCUCUGGGAUGACCUAAAACGGCGCGUGCGAGCUCGAGAUCCAGCUCCAACCACUCUUCAAGAGCUCCAAGUUGCGGUACUUGAAGAGUGGGAACAAAUACUCCAAGAGGCUGUUGCGACCCUUGUAAGGUCCAUGAAAGAUCGCAUGGAAGCCGUUAUCAAGGGAAGGGGGGGUAUAGGAGUGUUGGCGAUAUUGAUUUGGUCUAUAAGUGUGACAUACGCUGUUAAUUCAUGUCCAGGACCAGAAGCAUGGAGUGAGAAUGUGUUUUUACAACAUGAUGACUGUCAGAAGUUUUACAAGUGUGUUUUUGGGCAACCAAUCGAAAUGUCGUGUUCUGCCGGAUUGUAUUUUAACCUUGAAACUUCGCAAUGUGAUUGGAAAGCGAAUGUUGAUUGUCCAAAUGAUGAACCAGAUCAAGAACAAGGAUCACAAUUUUUAGAAAAUGGUUGUCCCAGAAAUUUCUCUGUACACUGGCUUUUGCCACAUGAAAAUGAUUGUAACUUUUUCUACACUUGCAUAUCGGGGAGGAAACUGAAACAAAGUUGUCCUGGCUCGCUACAUUUUGACUUUAAGGAGCAGAUAUGCGGCUGGCCAAAACCGGAAGGCUGCACAACUUCGAACGAAGAUUCCAGUUCUGAAAUUGAUAGUUCUGAAGAUAAUCCAUCCAAAGAAGAAAAUUCAAUUGAGGAUUAUACUAAGGAAGAUACUUCAAAAGAAGAUAAUAGUAAUGAAGAUGCUAGUAAAGAAGAUAUCUCUGUAGAAAAUGAUACUGAUGAAAACGACAGUGAAGAAGAUUCUAGCUCAGAGAAUAGUCAAGAAACUAUUUCUUCUGAAGAAGAUGUAACAACUGAAAAUGACUCUGGGGAAGAUAUAUCUAAAGAAAAUAACACCAACGAAAACAAUACUGAGGAGGAUGUCACUAAAGAAGAUUCCACAGAUGAAGAUAUCUCUAAGGAAAGCGUUUCUAACGAAGAUACCUCCGGUGAAAACGAUUCUUCAAAAGAUGUUACUUCCGAAGAGGACACAGCUGAAGAAGAUACGUCCAAAGAUGAUAUAGACAUUCCUCGCAAUAUUAAAAAAAUCGAAGCGAUCGUUGAUGCAAAAGUCAUAGCAUAA